AUGGGGGUGAACCGAGAACCAGCAUCUGACACAAAGAAAACGAUUGCUCAGCUGAAGGCGGAAUCAAGAACGUGGUGGGGUCUUUACUCGCUUGAGACGGAAAUAUCUUUUUCCAUCGGACGGCCUGACACUCUAGGCGCAGAUAUUUAUCACAAUCGGAAAAUUCCCGUGGUGGGAAUGGAAACAGUAGCAGACCACGUCAACCCUGAGAUGCUCGAACCACCGCAUUGUGCCAUCAUUGGCUGCAUGGUCGAUCUGUCGAGGAUCACAAGGACCAUCUGCCAGAAGAUAUACUUGUCUAACCCUAGCAUGUCCGAUAUGAUCGCUUUGACCAACAACAUAGAGACAGAACUCGACGAUUGGAUUGACCGACUCCCUCCUGCUAUUCGACCCUACGUACAAAAUCAACUUCAGCAAAGGUCUUCUUUGAGCUCCGCCAAGGAUGCCGUAUGGGUCAAACGACAAAGACUUGUGCUAAGUAUACGCUACCAUAAUCUAAAGAUCCUCCUCUUCGGUUCUCUACUCAUAAGAUCAUCGCCUGCCGAGCGGAAAGACAUUCCCGGUUGCCUGGAGAAUACCCACAAAUGCCUUGAGUCGGCGAAACAGACGAUCACUCUGAUUUAUCAGACCUACGCGCAUAAUGACUUCUUCCAGACUUGGUUCUAUAACGCUACAUAUACCGUCUUUGCCGCUUCUGUCGUUCUACUCUACGUCACACAAGGUUCUGCUAUUAGUGAAGAGAUACGAUCCCUCUUUGAACUGGUGGAUAUGGCCGUCGAAAUUCUGGAAUCUAUGGACGAGAGCGUCGUUGCUGUGGAAGCUGCGAAGCUAUUGCGCCGCGCGAGAGACAAAGCAGAAAGCAGACGGUCAUCGGAAAGCGCCGCAACGUGCCACGAGAAUAACCUGGGACAUGCUCCUCCUGAACACCACCCUGUUGACCCUCUGUUCAAUCAUGUGGAAGGUCAUUCAACCCAGCUAAACCAUUAUUGGGGCUCACUUGGACUUAUCGACGGCAAUGGGAUGGACUUCGAUAUUGCGACUCAGCUUGGCGCUUUCGACCAAAACAAUCCCAUGUUCUUGUUUCUAGGCGAUCAAUAA